AUGCGACCGCUUUUCCCUACCUCCUCGGCUUUCCUUACCCCGCUAGCGACUCAAACGACUAAGCCUGUCGUCCUAUCAGCCGAGUAUCUUCGCCGCAUUGCGCAAUCGGAACCGCGGCCGGUAGCGAACGAAACGACUUCUGGACGCCCUUGGAUCUGCCUUUCCGAGGUUAUACCACACCAUCUAUUAGCCAUGAGGCCUGCGACUACAGCGCCCGCCGCUUUUCGCGCUGCAACCUCCGUUGCACGACUCCCUCGACGACAGACUUGCAGCUUUGCGACGCGCUGCUUAGCUUCCCAGACAGCUGCGAAAUCGGCCCAGUUUUCGAGCCCGCGACGAACCACCGCAAACAGCGCCCCAACAGCAGCAUCCAGUCUGUAUACCCAAAUCGGACAGUACAGGAUGGCGUCCCAGGCAGGAAUCAAGAAGAUCAAGGUCAAGAAUCCGGUGGUGGAGCUGGACGGUGAUGAGAUGACCAGGAUCAUCUGGCAGGUCAUCAAAGACAAGUUCAUCCACCCAUACCUUGACAUCGACCUCAAGUACUACGAUCUUGGUCUGCCAUACCGUGACGAGACCAACGACCAGGUCACGCUCGAUGCUGCCGAGGCUAUCAAGAAGUACUCUGUUGGUGUAAAAUGCGCGACAAUCACCCCAGAUGAACAGCGCGUCGAGGAGUUCAAGCUCAAGAAGAUGUGGCUGUCGCCAAACGGCACCAUCCGAAACAUUCUAGGAGGUACCGUUUUCCGCGCGCCCAUUGUCAUCCCCACCAUCCCCCGUCUUGUCCCUGGCUGGAAGCAGCCCAUCAUCAUCGGCCGUCACGCUUUCGGCGACCAAUACCGCGCCAAGGACCGCGUUAUCCCCGGCGAAGGCACACUUGAGAUGGUCUUCACACCCAAGGGCGGCAAGCCUGAGGUCAUCAAGGUCUACGACUUCCCUGCCGAGGGUGGUGUCGCGCAGACCCAGUACAACACUACCGAGUCCAUUGCCGGUUUCGCACACGCCUCUUUCAAGAUGGCCUUGGACAAGAAGCUACCUCUGUACAUGAGCACCAAGAACACCAUUCUCAAGGCAUACGACGGAAAGUUCAAGGAUGUCUUCCAAGAAAUCUACGAAAGCCAGUACAAGAAGGACUUUGAGGCCGCCAACAUCUGGUACGAGCACCGCUUGAUUGACGACAUGGUCGCCCAGAUGAUCAAGAGCGAGGGUGGCUACGUUAUGGCCUUGAAGAACUACGAUGGAGACGUCCAGUCCGACAUCGUCGCUCAAGGUUUCGGCUCCCUCGGCCUUAUGACCUCCACUCUCAUCACCCCUGACGGCAAGACAUUCGAAGCCGAAGCCGCGCACGGCACCGUCACCCGCCACUUCCGCGAACACCAGAAGGGCAACGAGACCUCCACCAACCCCAUCGCCUCCAUCUUUGCCUGGACACAAGGUCUGGCCAAGCGCGGUGAGCUAGACAACACACCUGAGCUCGUCGUUUUCGCCGAGCAGCUUGAGAAGGCUUGCGUGGACACUGUGGAUGUCGACAAGAUCAUGACUAAGGAUCUGGCCCUUGCGUGCGGAAAGAAGGACCGGGGUUCUUGGGUCACUACCAACGAAUACCUCGACGCGGUCGAGAGGAGAUUGAAGUCGAGCUUGAAGGAGAAGUUAUAG